AUGGCGUUAGUCGCAUCGAGCGUACGUGCCGCCGCUAUUGACGCGUGCAUAUCGUCUUCCAACGCUUUAAUCCACGCGUCGCCGUCGUACGGACCAGUCGUCUCCCUCUCCGCGUCCUUGAUUCGCUUAGCGUCGUCACGUCUCUCACCAAGCAGCAAGUCCUCUCCCUUCCGAUCCCCGCACGCUUCCGCCGCGUCGUCAUUCUCCUCCUCCUUCUCCGGUAGGAAGCUCGUCGCGCCAUGCAUACCACGGCCGGCGGUAGGCAGCGAUCGACGGCGGUUGGCAGUGGUGUCGGCGGUUGGGAGCGCGGAGAGCGGAGGCGCGGAUGCGUUGGGGAUGGUGGGCGAGGCGUACGGGCAGAUGGCCGAGGCGCUGCUUAAUGGGCUACCCCCCGAGGUGGAGCAGGCGGUGGUGGCGGUGCACCGCGAGAUCGCGCAACUCGCGGCGGACGCGGGCCUCUCCAUUCCGCUCGACGACCCGGUCAGUCGCGCCCGCCGCUCCGCCCACCCGCCAUGCCGCUGCGCACCCGACUCGUGCCUGCCUUCUCCGGCUCCACCGCUUCUGCCGUUCCUUCUUUUCCCCGUUGGCUCCGCGCAUCCAUUCCUCGCAUUCCUCCCCCUGCCGUCUCCUCCCCCUGUUUCCUCCCCACUGUCCCCUCCUUCCCCUCCCGGCCAACCCCUGGCCUUCUUGUUCCUUUCCGCGUCGCUGCGGCAGUGGACGGUGGCGCUGGUGCUGCUCGUGCUGUACGCCGCCGCGCCCCCCGCGCCGCUCAUGGGGCUGCUCGACUUCCUCGUCGCGCCCCUGCACGCGCGCACCGACAAGGAGCUGGACCCGGCGCGGGUGAAGGUGGGGCGGCAGAUAGGCGAGGGCAGCUUCGGCGUGGUGUACGAGGGUUUCAUCUCCAACGGCAAGGCGGGCAAGGAGGGGCGGUGGGAGCGGCGGGUGGUGCUGAAGCGAGUGAAGACGCGGGUGAAACAUUCCGAUGAGAUGAGGGACGUCGAACUCUACAUGAACCACCGCCUGCAGCGCACGGCGCCAGGCGUGUGUGCGCGGUUCAUAGGCACCAUGCAGGUGGCGCCGGAGCAGGCCAGCGGCAAGCUCGAGGAGGGCGUGUGGCUGGUGUGGGAGUACCAGGGCGAUCGCACGCUGGACCAGUUCCUGCGCCACCGCUCCUACCCGCUCAACCUCGCCAAACACGUGCUCGGGGUGGACGACGCCUUGUUGCGGGGCAGCAAGGGCAGCAGCUCGGAGGAGAGGGAGCAGCAGGUGUGGAUGGAGUGGGAGGUGGCGCAGGAGGUGAUGAGGCAGAUUCUCUCCGACCUCAAGCACCUGCACUCCUGUGGAGUGGUGCACAGGGACGUGAAGCCGUCGAAUCUGAUACUGGACGAGCUCGCGGGCAGUCUGUGCCUCAUCGACCUGGGCGCCUGUGUUGACCUGCGCUCCGGCCACAACUACGUACCCAACGAGACGGUGAUGGAUCCCAAGUACUGUGCACCUGAGCGCUUCGUCAUGCCGCCCGGCACUACGCCGCCCCUGCCGCCCGACCCGCUGGCGUCGCUGCUGUCGCCCUUCCUGUGGGCGCUCAACACACCCGACCGCUUUGACGUCUACUCCGCGGGCAUAGUGCUGAUGCAGCUGUGCAUGAAGCGACUGCGCAAUGCGUCUGCUCUGAAGGAGUUCAACGAGGAGUUGAGGCGGUGCGACCAUGACCUGGCCAAGUGGAGGGCCACGUUCAACCCCAGCGAUGAUGACAUGGCCGUGCUCGAUGCCAAUGGCGGAGCGGCAUGGCAGUUGGCGCAGCAGCUGCUGAGGAAGCGACCCAACCACGAGGAAGCCGUGUGGCCCAGCGCCAUGGGCGGGCGACCCUCCGCAGCCCAGGCGCUGCGCCACGCGUUCUUCUCCAUGCGCGCGCCUGAGCCCUUCCGCGCGUCACGCCUGGCGGCGGCCACACAGGCAGCGCUGUCAGGCACGGCAUACGCCACGCUGGGACGCGGAGGGGGCGCCAUGGCGCAGGCCAAGGCGCGCGCUGCCCAGGAGAAGGCGCGGGUGGCGGGGCGGGUGGAGGGGCGCAAGGGCAGGGCGGGGGAGGAGAAGGGGGAGAAGGGCAAGGCGCGGAAAGAGGCUGGGGAGAAGGGGGGGAGUGCUGGGAAAAGGGGAGGGGAGGGGAUGGGCGUUGAAGGGCUAGUGAUGGCGUGGGGGGGCAGAGGGAGGGGGGAGAGAGAGGAUUUAGGGAGCGAGGGGAAGAGGGUUGGUGGGAAGAAGCAAGCGGGGAAGGAGGCGGAGGGGUCAGGGGAGGGGAGGGUGGAGGAGGGGGUGGUGUUUGCGCUGCAGCAGAUGUGGGCGGCUAGCAAUGGGGGAGGGGGGAGUGGCAGUGAGAGCAGGGGGAAGGGGCGCGAGGAGGGUGUGGGGUCGGAUGGGAGUGGGAAGGGGGAGAGGCGGGCGCGGAAGGCAGGGAAGGGGGAGGAGGGGGUGAAGGGGGCAAGGCAAGGGGCGGCAGCAGGCAAGGGAGAGGCGCAGGGGCAGGCGGGCGCACUGGGGGCAUUGGGCGCGCUGGGCGCAGGGGGGGGAGGGCAGGGGGCGGAGGUGGUGCUGGAGGCGCUGAGGCGGGUGCUGGGGGAGGGGGUGGGGGCGGAGGGGGGGAAGGGGGAGCAGGGCGCAGUGGAGGGGCCGGCAGUGCGGUGGGGGGAGGGGGGCGUGCAGGGCAUGGUGAGCGAGGGGCGGCGGGUAGUGAGGGAGGCGUUUACUGGCGCUGUGGUGGCGCAUGCGGAGGCGUACAGUGGGGGGGCGGAGGGCAGGGCGGGGGGGAAGGACUCUGGUUCGGGCAAGGACAAAGGGUCUGGUAAAGAGGGUGGGUCAGGCAGGGAGAAUGGAUCGGGCAAGGAUGGGAGUGCGGGGAGCAGGGAGAAGGUAGCUUCGGGUAAGAGCAAAGGGGGGUCAGGGAAGGGGGAUGGAGGCGAGGGGGGUGGGAGCAAGGGCAGUGGGAGGGGGGAGGCGAAGGAGGCAGGUGGGAAGGCGAGGAGGAAGGAGGAGGGCAAGGGGGCGCGCAAGAGAGAGCUGGUGGCCGCAGCAAUGGGUAGCAGCGGCGGCAGCAGUGGCAGUGGAGGCAGUGGUGGCAGUGCAGUGGAGCUACCGUUCGACCUGCAGCGCUCCAAAGUGGCGGCGGCCUAUGUGCUGGGGUCCGCUGCUGCCUCCCUCGCCCGCCUCUUUGUGCCCCUCCAACCCUCCCCCGCCGCCACCGCUGCCAGCGCCCGCCCUGCACCACCGCCUGCUGCUGUAACCCCAGCAUCAGCCCCAGCAUCAGUGCCAGCAGCAGUGCCAGCAGCGCUAGCAGCAGCGGCAGCGUCUAGUAAGAGAGCAGCAGCAGCAGCAUCAGUUGCUGCUUCGAAUAAGAGAACAGCAGCUGCGGCAGCAGAUGCAGCAGUGCCGGCAGCUGCUGCAGCAGUGGCAGAAAGGGGUGCGGCGCAGCAGCAGCGGGGGCAGGUGGGGGGGCAGGCAGGCGAGCAGAAGAGUGCAGGCGAAGCACGGCAGGUGAAGGGGAUGGGGGAAGGCGAAACGGGUGGGGGGGGAGGCGCACUGGCGCAGGCACUGCUGCAGUGGGUGAGGGGAAGGGCAGGCGGGGGAAGUGAUGCAGGCGGGGGGAGCAAGGGAGCAGCAGCACAGGGCGAUGGGGGGCGGGGAAGUGUCAAGCCCAGGGGUGGUCGAGGAGAGGAGGGCAGUCUGAGGAGAGCAGGGAAGCGAGGGAAUGGGGGGGAGAGUGGGGGUGGUGGGAUCUCGGGAGUGCGAGUGAGGUGGGGGCUGCUGGGGCUGGCAGCCAAGGGCGUGGAGAGAGGCAUGGAGCGCGCCAGAGGGGCAGGCAGGGCGGGCGUGGGAGGCGUGGGGGUGAAUGGCAGGAUGGGCGGGGUGAGACUCAAGCCCAGUGCCACUGCUGACGUGGCAGACCCUGUGACGGACAACGGCAUCAUCACUGACAUCACUCUGGAUCCCCAGGCCAUUGCCGACGUCAGCCUGCUGCUGGCGCUGUGCAGUCAGGGUGACGAGGAGGAGAGCGAGAGUGGGGGAGAGAGUGGAAGCGAGGAGGGGAAUGAGAGGAGAUCUUCCGGAGUAGGGAGGCAGAUGCUUUACAACAGCAGCAGCAGCAGCAGUGAGGCUGGAGUAGAGCCAGCUGCCUCUGCCCCAUCAGACACCUCUUCGAUGCAAGUGGGCCUCACGUCUGCACGCGCCCUGCCUUCCUCCUCGUCCACUCUCGACCCCGACGCGCACCCACUGGUGGCAGCGCUGCUGGCAGAUGGCGGUGUGGGCGGUGGCGAGGGGGCGGUGGGUGUGCAGCAGGCGGAGGUGCGGGUGGGGGAAGAUGGGAGUGUGCGAGUGAGUGCGUGCGUGGGAGGUGUGGAGAGCACUGUGCUGCUGCAAGCCGACAGCACUGGGGCGCUCGUCAUGGCCGUGGGGAAAGGAGCCACCGCGGGCCAGGCACCCUCAGCAGCUGCAGCUGCAGUGGCGGCAGAGGGCGUGGCAGGGUCCUCGCUGUCUCCUACCGCCCCACAGCCCCUUGCCAUCCCAGCCUCCACUGACACUGCCCCUGGACAAGUUGUGCUGCCACUGUGGGGGUGGCUGGGAGGGCGUGAGCCAGCCAGGGAGGCAUUGGCAGAGGCAGCGGCUCAGCUGGCUGCAAUCAGAAGCAAGCUGCCCUCCGCCUCCACACCUGCAACCCCCACCUCCCCCCCUGCACCCCCCUCCACCUCUCUGCCCGCUGCUUCCCCACCUGCACCCUCUGCUUCAGCACCUGCUCUGUUACCCACAGAGAAUGCAGCCUUGGUUGUUGGUGGUAGUGGGGAGGAGGAGGCGAGUGGGGAGGAAGAGAGGCAGAAGCAUCUGUUGUCUGCUGUUGAUGUGCCGGCUGUGGCUGAGCCAUCAGUCUCAGACGAGAAGGCAAGACAGAUAGGAGUGGAGUGGAGAGAAACAGCGGAGGGAACACUGGUGGUGAGACUGGGUGCAGGAGAGAGAGCGGGCUUGGAGAGCACAACCGUGCUCACAGUGGAUGCCACGGUGGGGGAGAAUCUGGGCCACCAAGGGGGCAGCAACAGUAACAGCAGCAGCAGCAGCAGCAGCGAUGGUGGUGUGCUGCAAGGGCUGCAGGAGCAGUUGUCAGUGGGCCUGUCUCCCUUUGCCAGCGCCAUUCGCGCCCUCACAGGGGUGUCACUGUGGGGUGGGGGCCAGAGGGUGCAGGGCGGCAUGACAGAGGCGCAGGUGAGGGAGCAGCUGGAGGAGCUGCGGCGGAAGAGGGAGGCGCGGCGGGCGGGGGCAGAGGGGCUCAACGCUGCUCUGGCGGGGCUCAACAGCCAGAUGUUGGACCUGCAGGCCACACUGCAGGAGAACAAGCAAGCCGUCACCGAGCAGAAGAAGAUUCUCACUCGGAUGGAAGCUAUAAGUCCCGUCGAGGAUUGCGAUAUUCUCUCGCCCAUAAUUGACAGCAUAUCGUGCAUCCACGAGAACAAGGAGAACUUGGAGCUCGGCAGUUUCGAGGAACGACUGGUGGACGCCUUUUGCAGCGGAACCCUCGACGCCGAGGUGCCGCGAGCCAUCGACGACAUCAUCGCCCUCGCGCAGCGCCUCAGCCUCUCGCACGGCGACACCCACGCUCGCGAAACGAGCCACGCGAGCGACGCUGAUUCGCCAGUCUCUGUCGUUCGGCGAUCACCCCUGAACGACAUCUCGUCGCUCCACAGUGACGACGACGAUCAGGUUCAGCCAGCUCGCAAGACGAGCUCUGAGAAAGGCCAACAUAAAAUGAAGCAAGAGUCGAGAGCGUCGUCCUCGUCUGUGGCUACCCCUCUCGGCACGCAGAGGCGGCGAGGCAGCUCAGCCCCGUCGCGCGCUGCUGAGCGAGCCCCCCACGCGGCCGAGCGACGCACAAGAAGCUGCGCUGCUCCGGCCUCUGCAUUCCGCUGA